AUGAAGACGUCCAUUUUAUACGCUGCGUGUCUCGCGUCUCUAGGCGCUGCAACAGACAUUCUGUUGCCUCUCUAUAUUUAUCCCGUGACAGGUGCUUGGGAUGCGAUCUAUAAUGCCGCUGCGGCAUACCCAGAUGUGACAUUUCGUCUGAUCGUGGACCCUGACUCUGGACCAGGAGCCGGCCCCGUUACGGCGUGGACAGAGUACCCUGACAGCACGUACAUCGCCGCUCUCGCGAAAUUCAAAUCAUACCCUAACGUGCAAACAAUUGGUUACGUACACACAACAUAUGCCACACAGGACAUCAGUGUCGUUGAAACUAAUGUCAGCACUUACGCUGGCUGGAAGGACUACACUGCUAGCAACAUUGCGGUUGACGGUAUUUUCUUCGACGAAGCGCCCUAUGCCGACAAUUCAACCUAUACAGAGUACAUGUCCAGCGUCGCUUCGUAUGCCCGUGGCCUAGGAUUGGACUACAUUGUCUUCAACCCUGGAACCUUGACCACUGCCACCGCGUAUUAUGACGCUGCUGAUCUGAUCGUCAACGCUGAACUUUAUUAUUCAUCAUACUCCGAGUCCGGCACGGUUGAUCCCAUCCCGAGUCAAUACAGAAGCCAAUCCGCGAUCAUUCUGCACGAUACUCCAUCCAGUGCCGAUAUAUCGUCGGUGGUGAGCACCAUGGUUAGUGCCGAUAUUGGUGCAUUCUAUGCAACGGAGGAUUGCUGCUAUAACGCCAUUACCACCUCAUUGCUGGAUUCUAUUUCGUCUUCUCUGGAAAGCGCAUAA